AUGGAUAAUGGUCCAUGGUAUUCUAAAUAGGAGGGCAGUCCACUCAAAUUAUCUAGAAAUGCCUCAAUAACAUCUCCUAGAAGAAUGGAUAAUUCUGAGUUGAAACUGGUGAGAGAAUACAAUAGUCAGGUUUCGAUUCCUGAGCAUUAAAUACUGUCUUUUGAUCACUUGUUAGAUGAAAUCAAUUUUGGAAACUUCUAAUACUGGAUAUAUGGUAUUAUGGCCUUGAUGAGUAUUAGUGAAGGAGCUUAGAUUACCAUAUUUACAUUAAUGGUUCCCAUAUUAAAAAAUGAAUGGCACAUUUCUGAUUCAUUAAAUUCCUUAUAAGCAAGUUUUGUUUUUGUAGGAUAUUUAGUAGGUUCAAUGUUGUCAGGACAAUUGGCUGAUAGAGUUGGUAGAAAGAAACCAUUUCUAAUUAGUUCAUUUUUUACCUGUCUAUUAUCCCUAGGAACGAUAGCAUGUUAAGAAAUUUAUUCACUUUUGAUAGUCAGAGGAUUGCUAGGGAUUCUGGUUGGUCUCUUUGCACCGUGUGGAGUUACAAUGAUAUCAGAGAUUACUCCUGGUCAUUUAAGAGGGAGAUAUAUGGGUUUAAUAACUUUGACUUUUGCCAUAGGUUAACUAUUUGGGUUGUUUGUUGCUGAAUUUACAUUAAUAUCUUUGGAUGAAGGUAAUUGGAGAUUGCUGACUUUUUGGUGUUGUCUUCCAGGAUUUUUAGCUUGGUUUAUUAGCUUAUUUCGUUUGAGGGAGAGUCCUAGGUUUGCGUUGUUAAGUGGAUAGAAGGACUUAGCUUAUAAUAUUAUUGAAGAGAUGAUUCAAUCAAACAAAUCUUCGAUUUAAUUUAAUGAUGAUUUGAAGAUCAAAUUCCAAAAAUUAAAAAAAUUAACUUCUCUAUUUGAGAAUAAUAGAUUCUUUCUGACAAUUUUAAUUUGGUUCAAUUGGUUUAUACUCUCAUUUGUAUACUAUGGAAUUGUACUUUUAUUACCAGAUAUAUUAUCGCACAUCGAAUAAACUCACACUGGAAGAGAUAAGAUUAUUUAAUUAGUAGUAUCCUGCAUUAGUGACAUUUUGGGUGCUGUAGCGGCUGCUUUCUUUAUUGAAUUAAAAGGAUUUGGAAGAAAAAACUCUUUAAUAAUAUUCUAUACUAUACAAGCCUUGACGGCACUUAUGGGAUUUUAUGAUAUUGAACAUCGUUUCAUAUAUUGGGCAACGGCAUCUAAGUUUUUUUUAUCUAUGACUUUCAUCUUUUCAUUUUAAUAUACGGCGGAAGUCUACCCAACAAAAAUAAGGACAACUGGAAUAGGUAUGGCCAAUGGAAUAGGAAGACUAGGAGGAGUGAUCAUGCCAUGGAUAUGCAUGUAUAUGAAUAGCAAACAAUUGAGAAGUCCAUUUGUAUUAUUUUCUGUUCUCUCUGUUAUUACGUCAUUUUCAAAUUGUUUCUUACCAUUUGAGACACUAGGGAAAGAAUUGGAAUGA